AUGGAUAAAAACCAUACACCAUUACCGCCACCAUUACCAACAUUUGUUCUUCGUUCUUUUUCAUCUGGAGUAACAUGUAUUAAAUAUGAUUUAACAGAUUCAUUACGUCUCUAUACAGGUGAACAACAAGGUUCUGUUUAUUUAUAUAAUCUUCGUAAUCGUCAACCAAUUCUUUCAUUAUCUAAUGCUCAUACAUCAACAAUACUUGGUUUAAAUCAAUUCAUUGAAAAUAAUAAAUUAAUUACAUUUAGUAAAGAUGGUUUUGUUAAAAUUUGGAAUGAAUAUGGUCAAUGUCAAUGGAAUUAUCAAACAAAUCAUUGUUCAUUUUCAAAUUGUGAUAUUAUAUCACCAAAUCUUAUUAUUGUUCCAAGUGGUAAUGAUGAACAUUCAACAAUAGUAGGACUUGAUUAUCAAUGUUCGAAUCCUAUUAUUAAAAAAUUUAUUCCUAUAUCAACAAAUAUUAAUCAUGGUAUGGUAAUGAAAUUACGUGUUUAUGAUAAUCGUUGGCUUUUUGUUGCAUAUGAAAGUGGUUCAUUAAAUGUAUUCGAUAUAAUAACAACAAAACAACUUGAUACAUAUCAAAUAACAUCUGAUCAUGAACCAAUAACAGCAAUGGAUGUUAUUUGUAAUACAUGUUUAUGUGGUACAACAAAAUCAGAUUUAAUUUCACUUGAUUUUUUAUCAUUUAAAUUACAACCAACAUCAAAAUUUCGUCAUAUAGAAAUGCCAAAUGCUGGUACAAGUUUUAUACGAUGUCGACCUGAUGAUGGAAAAUUAAUAGCUGUAGCUGGUUGGGAUUCAAGAAUAAGAUUAUUUCGAAGAGAAACUGGAAAACAACUAGCUAUGUUGGAUCUACAUCGACAACAAGUUAAUUCAAUUGAUUUUGAUUUUCAUACAAGACAAAUGGCAUGUGCAAGUGAAGAUCGAACUGUAUCAAUUUGGGAUAUUUAUAAUAAUAAAUGUGAAACAAAGUCAUAG